GGCGAGAAAUCAUCAAGCCAUUAGUUGCAUAACUUGCAUUUGCUCUUGUAUUUCCACUGUUUCUCAAGCCAGUAAAGCACCAUGAAAUCCGCUAUCGUAUUCGCUCUCUUCGUGGCUGCUUGCAGCGCCCGAACCUUGGAUAAACGCGCCAGUGAUCAAAACCCUAAAGUAUUCUCAGCUUUGGAUAAGUUGCGAGGAGGCGCCAACAAGGCUUUGAGCGUUGACCAAAUCCAGGAGCUGUGGCUGAAUGUUAAGCCCGGUCAGGAUUUCCCUCUCAUUGCCACCAUUCCCAAAGCCAACGUUGACUGUGCCUCAGUCAAGCCAGGUUUUUAUGCUAACGAUGGCGAGGGCAAAUGUCAGGCUUUCGAUCGUUGUGACGUCAAUGGAAACUUGACCAGCUACCUGUGCCCCAAUAUGACCCUGUUCAACCAGAUCACCUUGAUCUGCGAUUGGUGGUUCAACAUUGACUGCUCGCAAGCCCGCUCUUUCUACGACUACACCAACUCCCGCCUGUAUGUCGAGGGAGCCGUGCUGUUGGAUGAUGAGCCCGAUUACGUCAUGGCCUCCACCGGUGCCGUCGCCGCACAGUCGACCGGCGGAUCUGCAAAGGGCUCUGCAUCUGCCGAACCCAAAAAACCCAAGAAGAACAAGAAGAGCAAGGCCAAAGCUGAAUAAAAGCGUUAUGGAAUACUUUUCGUUAAUGCGUUUGCAAAGACUUUGUGAUACACGUGCCGCUUUGGCGUCUCUCGUUGCUACCUACACUGGCUAAGUUGUGUUCGAAUGGUUGCUGGCGGCCAUGCUCGUGCGCUUAUAUGGACCUAUACGUUGUUGACGAUCCGCUGUCAUUUCAAUCAAACAGCGUGAAAGUGAAAGCGAAUAUAAAGAAAGACUUCGUUAA